AUUGGGCAAGCGACACUUUCAAUGCGUGAGAAAUCAAUUGUUAAGCAGGAGAUCAACAAGAACUACAACAGUAAUUUUACUGCCGGAUAUUCUUUAUGUGAAACAAGACUGCGGACGGCAUCGAAGCUGUGCCUAGACAUCUAGGUGUUACGUGUGUGCCCAAAAGCCGAGGCGAUCGUGAAGUUUGUGAUGACCGAGCAUACGUGUGGUUGUGUUUCAUCUUCCGAGUGUGCCAGGGUGUCACGGUUUAGUGAUUAAACACGAACACAGAGUCGCAGCUAUAAUCACGCGCAACACCUGAAAGACUUAUCGCAAUGACGUGCUCCGUUCCGGGUUGCGUAAACAAAGGAAGCAAAGCCAAGAUCCAAAAGUGCCGUUGGCACAGGAUCCCUAAGAACGAGCCAGCAAGGAGCACGUGGCUCAAACUAAUUAACCGUCAGGAUAUCCCUCCCGGCAUUGCGGUAACCGUAUGCCACCUGCAUUUCACCCCUGACGACUAUGUGACAAACAUACGGCUUGCGCACUCACUAGGCGUGAGAUAUCAAGCAUACCUGAGACGCGACGCUACCCCGUCGCUGUACCUGCCGGGCACGAGUCAACCCAACAAACCUUGCAAGACGGAAGAUCCGCAAGCAGCCAAUCCGAAGCCAACGGGUACCCAGCCUUACAGUAAGCAGGUCUCGCAAACGGUUUCUGCUGGUGCUGCCAAGUGUGGCGCACCCAGUGCUCUGGCAGCGCAUAGCACGCAGGCAGCAUCAUGGUCUUCUGGGACGCAAGUGUGCCCCAUGAAAGCUGAUGCCUCAACUCAGACAGUAUCAACGGAGUUCAGGUCAAAGGGUUCUCAGGUGAAUUUCCAAGUGAAAUCAAUGCGGAGCAUCCAUGUUCAAGUGGAGAAUCUCGAGCCCUCACAUAGAGGAAGCAGUACAAAGGGGCCCCGAGGACCUGGGAGACCACGAAGUGCGGCUAAAAGACGUUACCGCAGAAGGUCAUCCCAAAGCGCACAAGUCCGUGCACAGAACACAGCCAAACGUCCAUCAACGGUUCGAUGCUUGGCACGUCACUAAAGCAUUGCAGGCUAGUUCCAUCAGCUGCUAGACAAGGCGGUUGACCUACGAAGUGAGUGAUCCACAUUUGAUGUCGCAUUUGAAGCGAACCACUGACAGCGAUCUCCUGCCAUUGACCGCAAGCCCUGACACCUGACCUGCAACUGACAGGGUGCCCUUGUUGCUGCCAGACUCCACCGACUGCCACUGCCACUGUCUGUACUGUGAGUCUCGGGAUAUCGAAGGCCGAAACCCCAUGUAAACGCCUGAAGAGGAGAGAAGCGUCAUACGUGUCAUUUUCGUGCCGUUUACAACACGCGACGGGAGCACCCUUUGGUCCUCCUUUGGAAGUUUACAGUUUCGAAUACAGUUUGCAACAUUGCAGUGUUGCAACAGUCAACGUCAUGCACAGAAUGUGCGGUGUUUGCUGCCCCUGCGUGCAU